AUGGCACCCCCAAGGCGAGGCGAGGCGGACACUGCGCAUGCCCAGGGUUCAAAGCCGCCUCCGGGCGCGCUGCCCGCGCGGUCCCGCCCAUUUCAGUGCGAGCGCGCGGCCCCGAGGAACGUGCCCUGCGUGCGGGUGCCCGCCAAGCCCGCCGGGCGCUGGAUCUGCAAGUGCCCUGGCCCGGGUUUGAGGAGCGGGCGCCGGGCUGGAGCGGUGAACUGCAAGCGGAGCGAGCCGGGGAGGUGCCUGAGGCAACGAGGAACGUGUCCGGUGAGUAAAAGUGCCGCAGGCGAUCGGUGUGUGCCUCCACGCGUGCGCAGCUCCGGGCUGUCGGGACAGUGGCAUGCAUCCAGACACGGGCCGGAGGGGUCUGCGGGGCAGGGCCUGGGCCCGCGGAUGGACCACGGGCCUUGGGAUGCUGGGCAACGUGGAUCUGGCACACAGACGCGAAAAGCUCUGGCUGACGAUCGGGCCUCCAGAGGGGGCUCCACGCGAAGCUGCUGUGCGCUGGGGUUCCGACUCUGGACCGAGGGGCAUUGGCUGGUUGCGGUCGAGGGGCUCCCGGGAGAGGUGAGGCGAACUGGGGCGCGCUGGCGCCUGCGGGGUGCGCGACCCCUGGAGGUGGCGGGAGUGCUGUGA